CCAUGUUGGCGAAUAGAAAAGUAUCAAUUAAACGCUAUAAGUUGUUUAAAUAAAAUCAACAAAGUAAAAAAAUCUAAAACCAAAAAUGGGCUGCAAGGGAUGCAAUAAUAACUGCCAAUGCUCUGCCAUCAAAUGUGGUGACAACUGUGCCUGCAGCACUCAAUGCAAGUGUGUUUGCAAAAAUGGACCCAAGGAUAAAUGUUGCGAAAAUAAAAAUUAAAUAUGUAUGCAUAUUUUAAAAAAAGUUAAAAUCGUAAUUAUUUUUUGAUUUUAAUGUGAAUUAAAUAAAAUAUAAAGUGAAUA